AAAAAAUUUUAGUCAUCUUUUCAAUUUUUCUUCUUUCUUUUCAAAUUAUUAUUUUAAAUUAGUAGUUAUAAUUCUUAUGGAGAUAAAGAAAUCAGUUGUUCUUGGUAUAUGUGCCGUCGCAAUAGUCGGCAUUGGUUAUGCCGUAUACUGGGACUACUUACGACAAACCGACCCAGAAUUCCGAAGGAAAUUGAAAAAGAAUAAGAAAAAAGCAGCAAAAGCAAGAAGGGCUGCUGCAGAAGAAACCAAAGUUAAGACGGCUGAUUUUCUCAGAAAAGCUGUCGAACAAGUUGGUAGUGAAAGUUUCCCUACUGAUGUUGCUGCAAAAGAAAAAUACUUUAUGGAACAAGUGGCUAAAGGUGAAAGUUUGUUCGCUGUAGGUGAAUCUGGUUAUCACGACGCUGCUCUCUGUUUCUAUAAAGCAUUGAAAGUUUAUCCUAAUCCAGUGGAAUUAAUUAUGAUAUAUCAAAAGACCAUACCUGAAGCUGUUUUCACUUUGGUUUAUGAAAUGAUGAGCAUUGAGGUGAAGAAAAAGCAAGCAGAAUAUUUUGAAAAUUUUCCACCAAAAGAAAUGAAUGUCAAGGUACAGGAAGUCAAUCAAAUUUCAACAUCUGAUGACCUUGUUCGUCGCGCUCUCAUUUCCACAAAGGAUUUCGAACCUGGUGAUGUCAUCUUUGUUGAACAUCCUAUUGCUUCUGCAUUAGAUCCAAGCCUUGAAGGUAAUGAAUUUUGCAGUUAUUGUCUCAAAGAAUUGAAUGGUGCAAAAUUCGUCGAUGAAAGUGAUCUAUUUGGUGCUAUUUAUUGUUCCGAAUCAUGCAAAGAUAAAGCAAUGACAGAAUAUGAGACUCUUCUUUUCACAACUAGAGAUGAUUCUCCCUCUAGUAAAGAAGCUAGAUUAAAGGAUUCGGUUAAAUCAGGAAAAGUCAAAUAUCCUUUAAUGAUCGCUAGAUUUUUGGCCAAAAUGGUACAUGAAGAAACACAGAAAGUUGCUACUGGAAUUGAAGAAGAGUAUAGCACUUGGGAUCAUAUUGAACGAUUAAGAUUUUUAUCAGUUAACCCUUCUGAUAAAGAGUCCAAAGAAAUUAAAUUGAUGAGAGAUUUAUUUGAAACAAAAGUGCCUGGUAUGGAAGAAUUUAUCUCUGAAGAAAGAUAUUUAAUGCUUAAAGGUAAACUUUUGUAUAAUGCCUAUGGUAUACAUACUGAUCAUAAUAUAAAAGAGAAUUUGGAAGAAACUGUACGUAGCAGUCAACCAAAUGUUAUUGGUGCUGGUUUCUACAGAGUUGCUUCAUACCUUGCUCAUAGUUGUAGUCCAAAUACAGAAGUAAGGUUUCCUGAUAAUAAUAAUGUAUUGUCUAUUGUCGCUACUAAACCUAUCAAAGCUGGAGAAGAAUUGAGAAUCAGCUAUAUCAGAGUUGGAGACAGAAAUUGUAGUAACAGAAGAAAUGAAUUGGAAACAAAAUGGCGGUUUAAUUGCACAUGUACCAAGUGUUUAGAAGAAACGGGAGAAGUCGAUACAACUGCUUAAUAUUUCGACUUUAUCUUAAUAUUUUAAACUUCGUUAAAUGUAUUCGAUAUUUUGAACUGAGAUUAAUAAUAUUAUAAUAAUUUCUUAAAAUUUGAGAGAAAAAAAAGAUAAUUAGCGGAUGAAUGAAAAAUAAUCGAACCAAAAUUAUAUCAAUUAUAAUUAUUUGACAAAAUAAACUAAAAGGAAAUUUCCGAACAUGUUAUUCAUUUCUAUAUUUAAAUAAAGAAUUAUGAAUUAAAGAAUUUUCCAGUACUUCUAUUCUUUUUUUUACGCUUUGUUUAUUUUCUAAAGAAAUUGCAGACUGAUUUAUAUAAUAAUUAAUCUAAACAGUAAUAAUAGUGUAGAGUGGUGACGAUAAGAUGAUUUCGAGUUAGAAGGUACAGCAUUUGCUAAAAUCGAAAAAAAUUCCAGUCAAUAAUAAUAAUAAUAAUAAUAAAGAACCUCUUGAACAAUAUAUUAGCUAGCGUAAAAACUCAAAGUCUGAAUAG